AUGGUGUCUCCAUCGAGUUCCUCCGCCUCCCUAUCGUCGGUCUCCUCGUGGUCGUCAGAUGUUUCAACGGCGAACUCUCAUACACCCAGCUCACAUUCUACGCUGAGCAGCAGCUCGCACUCGAGCCAUACGUCGUCGAUCACCUCCACCGCCAGUACAGAGUCCGAGGGGUUUCCAUAUCUGCUUGCUUCCUGUUUUACGGGGCCCCUGUACAAGAUGGCCGAGUCAUCGAUUCCCUGCCGCCACGCUGGCUUUCUCGACACGGUUGACUUGGAAGAUGAACGGGUGUAUGAUUCUGAUGAGGCCCUCCUCUCCCUGCCCGACAAAUUGUUUGAUGCCGUGACGAGCACCUUGGAUGCGUCCACCCUUCUCGCCAUCGCCAACGUGAGCCCCGAGCUGCGCGCCCGCAUCGAGUACAGCCCGAAGUCGUGGCAGUGGGUCGAGCAGAUCCCGAAUGGCUACUUCAUCGACUACAACUGCUGCACGAUGGCCGAGGCGACAAUUCUUCUCCAGAAUUCGACGGUGCCUCCACGCUACGUGGACGGGCAGGUGUAUGGUCGUCAGCUGUCGAACAUGCCCAUCGUGCUGCUGCGCAUCAUUGCCGACCACCUCGAGGACAAGGACUUCGUGAACUGUCUCAAGGCGUGUCCAACGUUUCUGAGCACUGGUCGACGUGCUUCGAAAUUUGGUCUUUCGCGCGUGACGAUCCGCGCUCGCCUGCAGCCGGACGGCACCAAGAAGACCCGGAUCCGCAUCGAGGGCACAGAGUACGACGCCCAGCUGACCGCCUACCUGCUGAACAACGCGAAGCUCGUGGCGACGCUCAUUUUCGACCCGACUAUCAACGCCUUCCCCGACACGAUCAAGAAGAUGCCCGAGUGCGAAAUGUGGCAUAUGAUGCCCGUUCGGUCCGGCAUCGAGGUAUGGCCAGAAGUGUUGGACUUCCUGAAGCAGUCGCGCGUCCUCAUCCUGCAGCUCGACGGUUGGCCCCAUCGCUACUGGGAGGCUCUGCUUCGGGACGCCGGCUUCACCAAGGAGCGCCCGACCGGAUGGAUCGUCGCCACUAAGCUCGAAGCCGUCGCCGCCAAGCAUCUUCCGCUUUUGCUGCAAAUUCGGGGACCGCAUGCUCUGUUCCACUGGGACCCUUCAAAGGAAGAUGCUCAGGCACGGUGGUCGUUUCUUGAUCAGUUGAUGGCUCGCCCGCUGGAGGACGGGCAGAGUUUGAUGAUCCUCUUCGAGAAGCCGCUCGAGCCCGACCAGCUCAACCCGAACAUGUUCGCCGGCGUGACGAUGGAAAAGCUGAUGGUGAAGGAGCGAAUGCGCGGCUACACCCUCAACACGCCCGAGCAGCCGUACAGCCUGCAGAUCUACCGCAGUCGCCUCAUCCUCAUGCGGAAGGAUCCCGGCGUCGGGGAUGACGGUGCCGCUGCCGAAGUCGCC